UGUAGAUAUCCAGAGUCCGUCACUGACACCAAGAAUUGAACUAGAAGCAACACACACAAAAUGACUUCAAUUGGUACGGGUUAUGAUUUGUCAAACUCUGUCUUCUCUCCCGAUGGAAGAAACUUUCAAGUGGAAUAUGCAUCUAAAGCAGUAGAAAAUGCAGGAACUUCAAUUGGUAUUAAGUGCAAAGAUGGUAUCGUUCUUGCAACUGAAAAAAUUGUCUCAUCAAAGCUUUUGGCACCGGGCAAAAACAAGAAGAUCCAAACCAUAGAUAGACACGUUGGUGUUGUCUAUUCGGGUUUGAUACCCGAUGGAAGACAUUUUGUCAAUCGUGGCAGAGACGAGGCACAGAGUUUCAAGUCCUUAUACAAAGAGCCAAUGGGAUUGGAAGGGCUCAUAAGUAGACUAGGUUACUACGUUCAAGCUUAUACCUGUUACAACUCCGUCAGACCAUUUGGUAUCAAUGCAAUUGUCGGAGGUGUCGAUGACUCCGGUCCACAUUUAUACAUGGUUGAGCCAAGUGGUGUGUAUUGGGGCUACAUGGGUGCUGCGACUGGUAAGGGUAGACAGGCUGCAAAGGCUGAGUUAGAAAAGCUGGACCUGCCAAAUAUAUCUUGUAAAGCUGCUGUCAAAGAAGCUGCCAGAAUUAUACAUUUAGUUCAUGAGGACAACAAGGAUAAAGACUAUGAGUUAGAAGUCAGCUGGGUAAGCACAGAAGAAACCGGAGGCGUUCAUAAAUUUGUUCCUGCAGAUUUACUAGAGGAAGCCAAGAAAUACGCUGAGGAAGAAGCCGAAGGAGGAAGCGAUAGUGAUAGUGGAAGUGACAGCGACAGUGAUGAGGAGAUGGAGUGAUUAAAAUGUCCCGCAUCUAGAAGCAAAUUGUCAAAUUUUGUAUACGUACUUAAUAUAAUAAAGUAAUAGCAAUAACCCUCCGAAUAAAAUUCAUCUCAACUAUAUAUGGAUUAGAUAUUGAGAGGCUA